AUGGCUAAGCAAAAGACUACAACAAAAUCAGCUAAAAGAUACAGGUAUUCAUCUUUCAAGGAUAAAAUUGAUGACUUGAAGAUUGAACCAGCUAAAAAUUUGACAACAAGAGCACAUGAUUACGUGGAAACGUCACAUUUAUUGUCUUCAUUUGAGCGGUGGAGAGAAUUUAACUUGAGUGGUGAUUUCAUUGAGUUUGCAGAUGAGAUUGAAAAUUUAAUUCAAACCCUUCCGCAGGUGUUAUACCAUGAGAAAAAGAUAUUUAAUAUCCUUAUGAAGCAUAUUGAAAAACAUGAUGACAAAUCUUUGCAACCACUGCUGGACUUGUUGUCACAAUUUUGUCAUGAUUUGGGUCCUGAUUUCCUUAAAUUCUACGACUCGUGUCUCUCUACACUGAUUAGAUUGUUAGAUGAUGCUAUUAAAUUCGAAAAGUCGGAUGUUUUUGAAUGGGGUUUUAACUGUUUGGCAUAUAUUUUCAAAUAUUUAUCUAGGAAUUUAUCUCAGGAUUUGUUACCAACGUUUAAUUUAUUGUUCCCAUUGUUGUCGCAUAAAAAAGAUUUCAUGUCUAGGUUCGCUGCUGAAGCAUUAUCUUUUCUUAUUAGGAAAACAACUGCUGCUAACCUGUCUAUAUUUGUUGAGUAUUCUUUUAAGAAGUUGAGUGAUCUUGAAAAUAAGAAUUUUUAUGAAGGCUUACAAGCUUUGUUUAGUGAAGCGCUAAAGAGUACAUCAGAAGCAUUACAUUCCAAAUGUAAUACCAUUAUUGGAGUGCUAUUAAUGGUCUCUUUGAGUGACAGCCAAUCCGCUGCUACUAUUUCUUUAGUAUCAGAUAUCUUAAUGGACAUACUGAGACAUGCAUCUGCUGAAAAUGCCCAGCCAUUGUACGACACCGUUAUUGUAACCUUGGAGCAGUUCUUAAACCAACAUGAAGAUGCAGAUUUGAAUAAGGCUUUGAAAAUUUUAUCUACUUUGUCUUUUGCGGAAAGUGGUAGGAAGGUGUCUGAUUGGAAUGCUUUAACAGGCAGUAUCCAAAAGGUUUUGAAUCAUUCUAAUAACUCUAACUUAUCUCCAGAUGUUACGGCAUUCAUGUUUUCAAUAAUUCUUCGUAAUUCUGAUGUCAGAACGCUGACUCAUUUUCACAAAAUAAUGUUUGAAUAUUAUUUGGAACACUUUCCUUUGCACUUUAUUGAAUUCUUUAAAUUUUCAUUGGACCUUGAUAAAGCUAAACUUUGUUCCUUUAAUGGUUCUAGAUAUAUUCAAAGGUUUGUGAAUACCUAUGGGAAAGCCUAUCCGAAGAAACUUGCAUUGUUUUUUUUAGACAUUGGGUACAAACCGGACUUACUUUCCAGGUUGAAUAUUAAUAUUCCCGAAGAUUUUACUAAUCUUUUGGUUGAGGAUUUAGAAUCCUUCACUGAUUUGGACUCUGAGAACACUCAGUUAGAAGUUUACUGGAGAAUUAUUUUAAUUAAUAGGGCUAAUCUUGAGUCUACCCUAUUUUUGGUGCCUCUAAUAACAAAAUUAUUAAAUUCUUCGAACAUUAAUGACUUUACAAGGGACCUCCUUGGAAACCUUCUUCUAACUUUGCAUUUAAAAGACAGAGAAGUUAUUGCUUCAUUAAUCAAACCUUUAUCUGAAAAAUUUGAUGAAUUUGGUACUAGUCCGAUAUUUACUCGAAGUAUUAAUCGUAUUUUCAGUUCCUGUGAAAACCUAAACGCCAUUAUCUCUGAUAAGUUUUUAUACAAAGUCUCCAAAAAUUUGCUGCUGCCGGGAAAAAGUAAUCGUUAUGAAUCCUUGAAGUUAAUAAUCUCCGUAUUAAACACUUUUGGGAGGGAAGUACCACAGCUAAUCAACGAUUUAAUGCUCAUUGAGGAUAUUCCUUUGGAUUUAUCAAAUGGCCGUGAUUUAACCUUGCGCCUUCGAAAGAUCGGUUCUGAUUUCGCUAAGCUUGAGCCAGAUCAUUUAAUAUGCAGUGUGUUUUUUAACCAUAUAUUUGGACUAUUAACUGUAAGGUUCUCUCCAAUAUGGGACGGCAUUAACGAAAUUUUACCUAGAAUAUUUGAGAAGAAUCAGAAUCUGGUUUGGGAAAUAUGUUUACAUUUUAUCAACGUUUUAGAUAAUAAUCCGAGUCUGCACUAUAUCGACACGCCACUGACUGAUGAUAAUAGAGAGCCAUUCUGGGUCGUUAGUGUUAACAGGCUCAACGAUGUCGUUCAGGCCGCUGAUAAAGUAUUUGAUGCUUAUUUUUUUACCGAUGCAUCUCUUGUUGAUAUGACAAUUAAGGGAAGAGAGUCUCUUGAAUAUCCUGGAAUGAUCAGGAAUCAAGCUCUGAAGAUUUUGCUUUUGCUACCAGGGUUAGCAGAGCGCCAUUCUAGAGAAUUAGUUCCAUUCUUACUCAACCAAGAGGAUUCGGUUGAUGUUAUUGACCAUAAGGCUGAUUCAAUUAUGAAAGAAGCAAUACAAACAUCUGCUAGUUGGUGCGAAACUGACAGGAAUUUGCUAAUGAAGUUAGUUGGGAAAUUCAGAAAUAUAAAAGCUGUUUAUAAAUCUGAGGAACUUCAUCAACGUUUGCUAAUUUUAUUGGGAAGUAGGACGACAGAUGCACAAAAAUUAUCAUUCGAGGCUCUAUUAGCUUAUAAAGAACCUGUUGUGGUAAAAUACAAGGAUAACUUGAAGAACCUGUUGGACGAUACACUGUUUAAGGAUGAGAUAAUUAAGUUACUUGCAAAGGAUGAAUCUAGAAUCAUUGAAGCUGCUGAUGAAGAGAGUUUAAUGCCAUUUGUUUUAAGAAUUCUUUUCGGUCGUGUUCAAACUCCUAAUACUAGUGGUAUAAAUAAGAGCAGGAAAAUUGCUGUUAUAACUGUUUUGCCUAAUCUGGGUGAGAAGUAUAUAAUACAAUUUUUGGCAUUAGGAAGUCAAAGAUUUAAUUAUAACUACUUCUUUGAAAAUGAAAACCAAAUUAAAAGUACUGAAGCCACUUCAGUCACUUUAAGAAGAAUGGCAGGUUUUGUUAAUGUGGUAGCUUCCUCCUUAUCUGCUCUGGGCUCGAAAUUUCCCGGUGCUAUCAGGACUGUCAUUAAUCCAUUAAUAUACACUAUGUGUCUAUCAAAUUUUGUUAUUGACCAUAAUACUACGGAGAACUAUGUUUACAAAGUUGCAGCUAAUGUUAGGCAGCAAGGAAUGAAAUGUUUUUAUGAAUUAUUUUGUCACGUUGGAGAGAUUAUAGAUUGGACAGAAUUUAUCCCUAAUAUUCAUAACUAUGUUAUUAAGCCUCGUAUUCCUAAGUUUAAAGAUGAAAACUUACAGCAGCCAUCCUCUAUGAUGAAGUUGAUUUCAUAUUGGUCAAGAUCUAAGAAACUUUACCCAUUAUUGUAUUACAACAACUAUUCAUGUGUAUAUGCAUUUACAGAAGUCUUAUCAUCAACUAUAAAUGCACAAGACUCCGUUGUUAAGGUUAUUCUUGAGUUUUUUGACCGUGUUGUAAAAAACCCAACUAGUGAGAAUGAGUAUAUCGAAUUAAUUUCCAUUAUUGUCUCGACCUCUUUACAUGUAUUGCCUACUCUUUUGACAACACUCCAAGAUCAAAAUACCGUUUCAACUGCAAUAAGCUUGUUGUUGAAUAUUACUGAAGCAGGUUACAUACAGGAUAAUGAUACGACAAAAUUGUUAAUUGAUGCAUUGAGUUUGGUGCUAGAAAAAGAUAUUUCUAAUGUUAAAACGCCUGAUAAGAUUAAGUUAUUCAAUUGUUUGGCUUAUCUGGUGGAAUCUUACGACUGCUCCUGGUGCGAUAUUGAAAAUCUUUAUAUCUCAUGUUCCAAGUUUUACAGAACAUUCGUUGAUAGAAACCUGAGGGAAGCUUUGAAUAAAGUUUUGUCCAGCAUUGGCUCUAGAUUUGUUGAGGUUGGACCUACUGUUAAAUUACUUAAUGAUUUGAAUUCUUAUUCCGCCUCUCGAAUGCAAGAAUAUGAUUUUGAAAGAAUAUUACCUGCAUUCAAGUGUUUCAAUGAAGAACAAUAUUUGCGUUUCAAUGAAACGCAAUGGCUGCCAGUAUUAUACUGUAUGUUGUUCUUUAUAAAUGAUAAGGCGGAAUUGGUUAUCAGGACUAAUGCAACUUAUUCGUUAACUCGUUUCAUUGACUAUACAAAUAUAAAGAUAGCUGAGCAGAAUACCGAGAAAUGCAUGUCUAUGAUUAAGGAGAUUAUUCUACCAAACCUGAAAUUAGGGUUAAGGAAAUCUUCAGAAGAAAUUCAGAAUGAAUAUAUUGCUGUUUUAGCGUACAUCGUAACGCACUCGAAGUUUUUUAAUGAAUUAGAAGAUAUGAAAUGCCUAUUGUUCAAUGGUGAUGAAGAGGCAAAUUUUUUUAAGAAUAUUAAUCACAUUCAACUGCAUCGUCGCCAGAGAGCCAUUAAAAGGUUAAGUGAGUGUGCAAAUAUGCUCUCUGAAAAUAGUGUUUCGCAUUACUUGAUGCCGAUGGUUGAGCGUUACAUAUUUUGUGAUGAUGAGAGGUACAGAAAUAUAUGCAACGAGGCUAUUACUUGUAUUGGUGCACUUUCUAAUUCUGCUACUUGGAACCAAUAUAAAGCAAUAUUAAGAAGAUAUAUUUCUAUGUUAAACACAAAGCCAUCCCACUUAAAAGAACUGGUAUUAGUUAUUGUUCAAGUUUCAAAUUCGUUCAAGAAUACCAUGGAACACUAUAGAGGUAUUAACUCAACCAAGCAAGCUAUUAGGAAGUUCCCGACAAAAUUUCAAGAGCCAGAAUCUUAUGUUAAAAAAGAGGUAUAUCCGAUUUUGCACAAGAUCUUGGGCAUUAGAAACGAAGAGACUAUUGUAGCCAGAAUCCCAUUAUCUCAAGCAUUAAUAAAUCUAGUCCUUGGUCUUGAAUAUGAUGAUACUGUGGCACAUUUGUCUGGAAUUUUGACGAGUAUUUGUCAAAUUUUGCGGAGUAGGUCAGAGGAACUACGUGAUGCUGUUCGAAAAAACUUGAGUAAUAUCUCUGUUAUAUUAGGGCCUGGUUACUUAAAUUUUGUGAUUCGAGAAUUGAAAUCUGCCUUAUCUAGAGGCUCUCAAGUUCAUGUAUUGAGUUACACUGUUCAUUAUCUUUUGAUGGCAAUGGCAGGUAUCUUAAAACAUGGGGACCUAGACGGCUUAGCAGAAAUGGUUGUUGAUAUCGUUAUGGGAGAUAUAUUUGGAUCAGCUGGUCAAGAAAAGGAUGCAGAAGGAUAUACUUCGAAGAUGAAGGAAGUCAAAUUUAACAAGAGUUAUGAUACAGGGGAAAUUUUAACUGCAAAUAUUACCCUGCCAGUUUUUGGCACUUUGUUGCGUUCUAUCAAAGCAUUAUUAUCUGAACGUCUUACUUUGAAAAACCAACGUAAAUUGGAAGAAUUACUUAGAAGAUAUGUGCUUGGGUUGAAUCAUAAUGAUGAAGGUGGUUCUAAGGAUAUGUUGACUUUGUGUUAUGAAAUCUUCCAGCAGUCUCAAUUAACUUUGCGCGAUCCAACUGCAAAUGGAAAAAACCCUUCCGAUAAAGAGGAAUUUUUCUUAGUCAAUUUGAACUCAAAAGUUGCUUCUGUUCAGACUGAAAACUCUUAUUAUAUUUCGACGCUACAAAGGUUUUCCUUAGAUCUAUUAAAAACAGCAAUUUCCAGGCAUCCUGAUUUAUUAGAUACUGCUUAUUUGGAUGGAUUUGUACCUCUGUUAAAGGAGGGUUUGCUUUCAGAGAAUGAAACGGUUGUCAUUAGUGCUAUGCGUAUAUUGACAAUUAUUAUUAAGUUAGAAUUCUCCGAAGACUCAGAAAAAAUUUUUAAGAGCUGUGCUAGGAAGGUAUUAAAUGUCAUUAAGGACUCCCCUUCAACUUCUUCGGAACUAUGUCAAGUUGGUCUAAAAUUCCUAUCCGUUUUAAUUCGUCAUAAGGAUAUUAGUGUAAAGGAUACUGCCCUAGACUAUGUUCUUGGUCGUAUUCAACCUGAUUUGAUGGAGCCCAGUAAGCAAGGAUUAGCUUUUGGAUUUUUGAAGGCGUUACUAUCCAAGCACAUAAUGUUACCAAAAAUUUAUGAUAUUGUUGAUAAUGUUGCGGAGAUUAUGGUCACAAAUCAUGCUAAGGAAAUCAGAGAUGUGGCUAGGAGUGCGUAUUAUCAAUUUUUAAUGGAAUAUGAUCAAAGUAGAGGGCGGUUAGAAAAGCAGUUCAAGUUUUUGGUGAACAACUUGCAAUAUCCAUCUCAAGAAGGCAGGCAAUCCGUUAUGGAACUGUUAAAUUUGAUUAUCAAUAAAUCAAGCCCUGAUUUACUAUUGAAGUUAUCUUCUUCCUUUUUUGUAUUUUUGGCCAAUGUUGCAGUAAAUGACGAUUCACCAAAAUGCAGGAAAAUGGCCACCUUAUUACUCUCCGGUAUGUUCAGCAGAUUAGGUUCGUCGAAUAUGGGUACCAUUGAAAAGUAUAUUAAUUCUUGGCUAAAACAAAUUGAUAAUCCGACGUUCAUAAACUUGGGAUUGAAAAUCUACAAAAUAUAUUUGUCUGAGUUACCUUUUGAAGACACCUCGUUGCACCGUACUGCUAUUUCUCGGAUCAAAUCCGUCGUUUCUAAUACAGAUGUAGGUUCGGAUUCAAAAUGGGAUGAUGUUUAUACUGCUCUCGAAACUUUUGCAAUUUUUGCUGAGAAGAGAAAAGAUGAGGUUUAUGGAAAUGGGUAUUCAACUAUGUGGGACAGUAUCAUAGGCUGUUUAUUGUACCCUCAUGAAUGGGUUCGUAGCUCAUCUGCGCGUUUAAUAAACAUAUUACUUUCAAAUACUGGACUAUUAGAAACACCAUUAGAUGAUUAUAAAAUCCAGACUAUUGCAUACAGAUUAUUCAGGGUAUUGGGCUCUCCAUCUUCUUCUAAGGAGGUAGGCUCUAAGCAAGUUUGCGUGAAGAUUUUGGUCCACAUUGUUCAAUCAUGGGCAAAGAAUAAGACGCCAUACAUUUAUAAAGCUGAUGGAGAAGGAAACAAGUAUCUGAAUGCAAUUGAAUUUGCCAUUGUGAGAACAAGUUCCAUAAUCAGGAGUGAAGAAAAUCCAACUGAUUCAUAUGCCUCAAAGAUAGCUAGUAUUCAAUUGCUUGCAAUGAUCCUUCAAAUACUAACGGUUGAAGAAGUUAUUGAAAGUGCAGAGAAAUUCAUCUUACCACUGUAUAUUUAUGUCGAAGAUACUUCGAACUCAAACUCUAGUGUUGAGGAAGAAGAGCUUCGUGUAAAGGCCCACGAGUGUAUGGAGAUGUUGGAAAACAAACUGUCGGUAUCUGAUUUUACUAAAGCUUACACUGCGGUUAAACAAAUUGUAAUUAGAAGAAGACAAGAGAGAAAGGCUAAAAGAGCUCUUUUAGCUGUAAGAGCACCUUCGCUAGCAGCAGAAAGGAAGUUAAAAAAGCAUGCUAGAUCAAGAGAUAAAAGGAAGCAUGAAAAAGAUGAGAAUGGGUAUUACCAAAGAAAAAUAAAAAAGUAG